AUGGAGACUUUGGUUCUUUUAGCCCUAGCUAUUUUAUCCAUUAGUGCGUUUGCUUUAGGAAAUGGAGAAGAUUUGAAGACUCAGGAGCGCUUGUUUUUAAAUUCAUUGGGCCUCUCUGCUCGGCCAAAGCCGUCAGAACACCGCCGCGUUCCCUCCGUGUUGUGGAGGAUGUUCAAACGUACCAGCACCCGGGAGAACGACACCCACGAAAGAGACCCGUGCAUGGUGUCUGAGUAUGGAGUUCGCGGAAACAUUGUUCGAUUUGUGCAGGACCAAGGUAGGCUGGUGUCAGGCUGGAGCGGCAGCUGCCAUGGCUGUGUGGAGAAAUACAUGUUCUUCAACAUGUCUGUGCUGCAGCCCGUGGAGCAGCUCUCACUGGCGCAGCUGGAAAUCAAGUUCCAGUUGGACAUGUUCCGCACACCAAGGUUCCUCCUGGGCCCACAGGCGCUUAGCGUGUCCCUGUACAAGGUGUUGCGUGUGACCCUGAGGGGAGCGAGCCAUGAGGCCCACCGCAGGCUGGUGCUGUCCCAGUCGGUGCAGCUGGAACCAGAGGCCGGAUCCCUCACCUUGGACCUCACAGCACUGGCAGAGAACUGGCGUAAACCGGGUCAUAACUACGGCCUGGUGCUGGAGCUGCAGCCACACCCCGUCCACACCCAGGCGACGGACAUCUUCAUGUCCCAGAACCUGGUGAAUGCCGUCCCGUUAGGGCCGACCGUAACCCUCCCAGAGUUCCAUGCCUCCCUGGUGGUUGUAUCCCUGAAUCCACUCCAGUGCCGCUCUCGGCAGAAGAGGAGCGCCGUCUACCAGCCGGUUACACCCAGCAAUGUGUGUAAGCCGCGCCGCCUCUACAUUGAAUUCAAGGAUGUGGGCUGGCAGGACUGGAUCAUCGCUCCGCAGGGCUACCUUGCCAACUACUGCCACGGAGAGUGCCCGUUCCCACUGAGCGAGAGCCUGAACGGCACUAACCAUGCCAUCCUGCAGACUCUGGUGCACUCCCUGGACCCCCACGGCACACCCCAGCCCUGCUGCGUACCCAUCCGCCUGUCACCUGUAUCCAUGCUCUACUACGACAACAACGACAACGUAGUCCUACGUCAUUACCAGGACAUGGUGGUGGAUGAGUGUGGCUGCAGAUGA